UGCGAGGGGUACGCAUUGCUCUCGUCGGUUUGGUCGUACCCGGGCUCGAACGUCACGACGCGCGAAAAGCACACGCCGCGUGAGACGGCCCGGCCCGCGUUUCGACUUUUUCUUUUCCUCGUUGACGCGCGUCAUAAAAAAAGAGUGUGGUGUGCUCGGUGAAAUGACGGCACAUUGUGGAUCACGAUAAUCGGACGGCGAUCGUGAGGUGACAGUGCGAAGGUGGCAGGAGAAGGGAAGGUCACCGGUGAGCAUUGCGGCACGAAACGGGACUUGCGACAUACGCUACUGUCACUAAACGUUGACGAGGCAGAAAUGGCACGGCGGGAGUCUCGGUGAGGAAAGGGCGAGGGUGAAGCCCUCGCAGGAAAAGGGAGCUAUGGUGAAAAGCUUGGGUUUCCUCGCCAGAAGGGCGCCACCUGCUGUCCACCUUUUCGUCGUUUUGCUCGCGCUCGCCCCCGCUUACCACGGCGUGGACCUCUCCCAAUGCAUCGCACCGCUCGGCAUGGAGUCCGGGACGAUCCCGGACACGGAUAUCAACGCCAGUUCCAGCUUCGACACCGGAAACGUCGGACCCCACCUGGCACGAUUGAAAUCGGAGAACCUCGGUGGUGCCUGGUGUCCUAAGAACCAAAUCACCCAGGAAGCUCGAGAGUGGCUGGAGAUCGACCUUCAUACUAUCCACUUGAUCACGGCCACCGCUACCCAGGGCCGUUUCGGAAACGGCGUGGGUGUUGAAUUCGCAGAGGCGUAUCUGUUGGAGUACUGGAGGCCGCGACUGGGCAAAUGGGUUCGGUAUAGAGACAUCAAAGGAAAGGAGGUAAUACAGGGUAACACGAACACGUAUUUGGAGUCCAAGCACGAGCUGGAGCCGCCUCUGUGGGCGAGCAAGAUCCGUUUUCUACCCUACAGCUAUCACAGGCGGACGGUUUGCAUGCGGGUCGAGCUCUACGGGUGUUACUGGAGCGACGGUGUGGUGUCCUACUCGAUGCCCCAAGGCGAUAAAAGAAGCAAUGGAUGGGAAUUCUUCGACGCGACCUACGACGGGCACUGGGACGGCGAGUUGCGCCGUGGCCUGGGUCAACUGACGGAUGGCAGAACGGGGCCUGAUAAUUUCAAAAUGUACUACGAUAACGAUCGCGCCCAGGGCUGGGUGGGCUGGAGAAAUGAUAGUCGCGGCCAACCGGUCGAGAUCAAGUUCGAGUUCGACAAAGUCAGGGAAUUCUCCGCCGUCCAUAUUUAUUGCAAUAACGAAUUCACUCGAGGCGUCCAGGUGUUUUCGCAAAUUGACAUACUCUUCAGUAUUGGCGGGAAAUACUACACGGGGGAACCCAUUACCUACACGUACAUGGAGGACAAGAUCUUUGAGACUUCUCGGAACGUCACAAUCAAGCUUCAUCACCGAGUUGGAAAAUUCGUUAAGCUGAGACUCCAUUUCUCGGAUCGAUGGAUCAUGGUCAGCGAAGUCACCUUCGAUUCUGACAUAGCUCACGGCAACUUCACGCCCGAGGAAGCCCCGACCACCGAAUCACCUAUCCAGAGUGAUGUCUUCGUUGAGAAGAACGGCGCCGCCGAGGGCGAACUACCGGUUUCGACUGCAAAACACGACGACCCCACGUACAUGGCGAUCGUGAUCGGCGUGCUGACCGCCGUAAUACUUUCACUCGCCGUAGCGAUAUUUCUGAUUGUUUCGCGACACAGGCAACGCAAGUGCUUCGCCAGCCCUAUGACUGGUAAAGCCCCUUCGCAUUUAGGAUCCACCUGCGCCACUGUCGAGAAAGGCGCAGCUCUGAUGGCAUACACCUUAGAAGAUGAUGAAAGAUACGCAGGCGGUUCUCUACCUACUUUGCCCCUCGGAAAUCGUCUUCUAGACAUCGUGAAGUUGGACGACUACCAAGAGCCAUAUCAGGCGCUAAAGUACGCUCCGUACUACAGCUACAGCACCGUCGUUAUGGAGAUGAAAGACAUGAUGCUGAACAACAAGGGCACCAACAUCAAUCACUCAGCAGUAUACGCAAACGGUGCAGUUGACACGUCGUACGAUUAUGCGGUACCGGAACUCGGCACGGUACCCCUGCUCAAUCAGGAUGCCGGCGUCGGCCGCGGGGCGACCGUCUCCAACGCCACUGGCGAUCAGGACAGCUUCUUCUCCAAGAGCUCGCGGACCAAGACCGAGGACAAGAAGUCGCCGACUCAACAGGAGGUACUCUCGGCCCUGAAGAGACGUCUGGAGCAGACCAGCGUACCGCUCUUCCCACGGCAUCGCCUUCGCAUGCUCUCCAAACUUGCCGAAGGCGCCUUCGGAACGGUAUACGUGGCGGAAGCUGAAGGGAUUCCGGAAUACGGGACAACGACUACCCUUGGCAAGCGACUCGUGGCCGUCAAGUUUUUACUACCGGAAGCCAGUGAGAAGGAAAAGUUGGACUUCCAAAGAGACGUGAGGAUUCUGGCUGCUCUAGAAGAUCGCAAUAUCGCACGAGUCCUGGGCGCUUGUUAUCGCGAGGAACCGUACUGCGUAGUAAUGGAAUAUCUAGAACAUGGGGAUCUUUGUCAGUUCCUCAAGACGCAUAUCACUGCCGAGGACGCGCAUUCCAUGCCAAUUGGCGUCAAGACACUCAGUUUCAACUGUCUCAUCUACAUGGCGGCACAGAUCGCGUCAGGCAUGCGGUAUCUGGAGAACCUGAACUUCGUUCAUCGAGAUUUGGCUACUAGGAACUGUUUGGUCGGUAAGGCUUAUCAUAUCAAAAUCUCGGAUUUCGGCACGGACAAUGAACUGUACGCCUGCGAUUACUACAAGGUCGAUGGAACCAUGCCGUUGCCGGUACGAUGGAUGGCAUGGGAGUCAAUAUUUUUGGGAAAGUACACGACCAAGAGCGACGUGUGGGCUUUCGCAGUCACCCUCUGGGAGAUUUUGAAUCUUGGUAGACGUGUUCCCUACGAACAUCUGUCCGACGAGGAAGUGGUGCAGAGCCUGCGGCAACUGCAUCAUGCCGCUGACUGCAGCAACGCUAAUCCUGAAGACAGUUGCAAGGAAGAUCCUAGAAACGGCUUCGAUUAUCUGCCUCGGCCCACCGCGUCCUCCAAGGACAUCUACGAUCUGAUGCUCGAGUGUUGGCAACGAGAGGAAACUGAGAGACCGACUUUCCGUGAGAUAUCGCUCUUUCUGCAGCGGAAAAAUCUUGGAUACGCUCCAACAUCCUGAUAUUGAGCCCCAAAUUUCAGCGAGUGCGACAUUCUUAAUAGUCAUACAAAUCGGAACAAGCUUGUUUCUGAAACGGAACGACGAGUGUGCAAUGACGGACAACGUUCUUAUCCGAGGUACUGCAAGAAAUAACGAACGAAGAAUGAUUGAGUGAGAAGAAGGAUUGAGAAAAGAAGGCGAGAGAUACGAUGAGAGGACAUAUUACGUAUCGCGACAUCGAAAUGAUAAGUACAAUGGAACUUUAUUGUCCGUCAACGAAACAAGGCUUUGAAACUUGGAGUUUACGACAGAAAUCGAUCGUCCUUCUAUUUCGUCUCCCCAUCCAUACGUGUACUUUUUUCGGACAACGAGUAUUAGCAGACAGGAAAUAAAGUUAGAAUAGGUAGAAGAGUUAAGUGCGAGUUGAAUCUUUGAGAAUUAAUCUUAUGAUACGGGAUUUGUUGAACUACGAAGAGUUCAAGGUAUAUCGCGUGCCGCGUACAACUGAUCUUCGUAGAAUUCUCAGUAGCGAGACUGUUCGAGCAUAUCUAAUCGAUUUAGGACACCAAGUACGGAUCUCGACGCGAGUAUUCACGACAGAGUAUCGUGCGAAGAUCUAUACUGGAAUAAACCUAUUAGGACUCUUUUCGAAAAUGUAAGAAAAGAUAAGAACGGACGCGAAUUUGAGAACACGACAAUCGAACGAGAGCGGAAUAAAGAGUUUGUCGUAGGUAACCGUUCGGCAAAGAAUCUCUGAGGGUAUUUGAAGAAUGGACGUUUGUGAGAUAAUGAAACCGAGGAGAAUUCUCUCAUCAGGAACUUAGGAGCAAUAUCAUAUGUAACUGUAAUACAGCUGUGAACAUUCCUGCACGGAUGGGUACCUAUACUGCGCAAUUAGACAAUUACGCAAAUAGGAAGAAUCGUUACUUAAAGAUUAGGGCUCCUUCGGGAUUAUAUCAUUUUGAUUAAGGGUUCGAUGAGAAAUGUGUAAAUCACAUUGACGUACGGCAAUAUAGCAGCUACGAUAUUAGACGCUACAACUGUUCGAAUUAAUAUCGUAAAGCAUUAUAACUGUAUUUUAUGAACGUGUGGGUGCCUAUUUCUCCCUUUCUCUUUAUCGCUCUCCUUUACUCUCUUUCAACAUAUAUUGGUAUCGUCCCCAGACACUCUGGGCCUAUUUGUGAGACGAAUCUACAUGUGUGAUUUACAUCGUGAAAUCCUUUAUCGUCAUAAGACAUAUCGCGAAAUGGCGAAAUAAUUAUUAUCGUGAUGCAAUGACGCAUCAAUGAAUUAUCUGAUAAUAAGAAAAUUAAACGUCUUUUUAACAAUACUUUUGGUUCGUAUCUAAACAAAGAUUUGUGUGAAACGUAAUACAUGUGAGAGAAUACUGAAUAACUUCAGAAGCAGUCAAGUGUCUGUAAAGAUUUCUCGAUAAUACACGUUUAUUCGAAUGUAACUACUGCAAUCACAGUUAAUGUGAAUGGAAUUUGUUGUCAUAACUGAUGAAUAUCAUACAUCGUAAGCGUAAGGUAGAUGAAGGGUAACGUUUUACCUAUUCUGCAUUGGAAGAUGGUAAUAGAUUACGUAUCAUGACUAUGACACAUCAUAAUUGUAACUUUAUAUGAUAGGCGGGAUCAAUGAAAUUAGAAUAUUGUAUAUAUAGGCGUAUCGUAGUAAGGAAUGUUAUCAUUACAUUUUUUCAAGAAUGACAAGUGAAAAUCGAAUUGACUUUGAGAUAGCGCCACACGCGCUCGCUUGUAAUUUGGUAUUAAUGUGGAAACGAUGGCAAUUGUUUAGCUUCCGAUAAGUUAUAUAUCCAUAGCAAGUGGUAAUAGGUUGACGAAAGUUUAACAUAUCGGAAUGUACUUUCUCAUAAAAUUUAAAAAGAGAAAAUGCGCGAAGGAAAGUGAGUCGUAAUCGCUUUCAAACACUUGGAAAUUAACGGGCUUAUAUCCGUUAUGCGUUUUCGUUGUACUCGACUUCGAUAAUAUAUUUCGAUUAAUUUUAAGUUCCGUGUAUUUAUACCAGAUGGACUAUUAUAACUUAUGCGAUAUUUAGCGGAUAGACGAUGUUACCGUUAUAUCAUUAAAAUACUAUUUAUAUAAAUUAACAUAAUACCGCGUAAGGAGUAGAGAUGGUACGGAGGCAUAGCCAUACGUAGUUAAAAUAUACGCGUUGAAUUUAAACGUAACUGGAAUUGCUUCUAUAUCACCGAAAUCGAGAUCGUCUAAAGCGAGUGGAAGAGAAUUAUAAUUAAUGCAAAUUCGCGUAUAAAUUAACGAGGUAAGAAAUAGGCAAUACCAAUUUUUGAUCUUGCCAGAAGUAAAUAGUAAUAGCCAAUCGAUUAAGCCUAAGAUUGUUAAGUCUAAUUUACAUUUUGCAUAAGAGUAUCGGAUGAUCAACAGACAUAUAAUUUCGUGUUGUCGCGAAACGUUUUGGCCAAUCGAUUUUUCGCACCGAUUGUGACUGAGUUGAAACAAUAAUACUACCCGUCUCUCUCGUUGGUACAUUUUUAGUCCGAAGCAAACUGCCAUUAUAUUUCUAGAUGAUAAUAGAAAAUGAAUUGUAGUUGCGUUUAGAUUCGCCAAUAUAAGCAUAACGCUGCCUUUGGCUAUAUUGUUGCCCUUUACUGCUAACGAGUAACUUACUUGUCUACUCAUGUGAUAAUUUAGUAUAUUUCUACGUAUCUACCUGUACCUACCAAUUCAAAAAUCUUCAUGGCGAAAGGAUUAUUCCAAAUUACUUUGUUUUUACUAUAAAUCGUAGUUCAGAUAAAAUAUUAUCUAUAAUCAAUUCUAUAUUAAUAAAAAUCUGAAAGGCAGAACAAUUAUGAAGAAUGAUGAGAAUACAGGUCCUACGUUAGGAUCUAGCAGCUUUAUAUAAAUCCAAAACACAGCUGCUCCAUAAUUUAUUAGUUAGUGACGUUAGUGAAAUAGGAUAAUAUACUCAUAAAGAAAAUAUGCGUAAUCCUUUCUCUAUGCAAAGAUUCGCUAUUAUAAUCUAGAUAACUUACUUCUACCUAGCGUGCCCUUUUUCCAAUGACGGUUAAUUAUAUUCUUUGUGAACAAUUCGAGCUCUAUCAAUGGCAUCAAUGAAGUAAAUGUUUGGAACUGCAGUAACAGGGACGAGUAAAAAUAUUUUGUUCGAGCAUUGUGAGGUACGAACACGCUAGAUCCUUAUGAAAUUUCAUUUUUUGAAGACCCUACAUAUAUUGAUAAGCUCGAUUUCAAAUAUCGUUUUAAUUGCAAUGAUAUUUCCUUAUUAUUCAACUAUAUACAUUGCUGAUUUCUUCGAUAUACAUUUUAAAUGCGUAUUAUUGACAAUCACGCUUGCC